UCCAAACUCAAUCGAGGCCUAUCUUCAACAAAUGCCCCCAGAAUCGAUCCACAAAGCCACGCAGUGCAAGCGGUCAGCUCUCGAGGCUUGUAAAAGCCGUGUUUAGUGAUCCUCGUCACAGUGCCGAGUCAGAAGGAUGCAGUGAGCAAUCGCAAGCCAAGCUUCGUUUCACUGCGAGCUCCCCCUCUUCACUGGUGAGCUCAUCCUUGUCGCUUACCUGUGUUUGUUGAGAUAGAUACAUGUCUACCUGUUAUGGCGGCACUUUUUUUUUGCCGCACUUUGUAACGGUCGCGGCGGGAACUUCUGCGCCUAUCUUUCUGCAUGGUUCGAAGGACGGGAUUUACGGAAGUGCCUUUUACUCGUACGGACGUAAGACAUCUCUCAUGCAACAGAAGUGGCGUCUCCGCGUCGGCACCGCCAGACGAACCUUUUUGGGAGUAUUUCCCAACCACCGUGCCUCCGUCACUAUCUUCCGACCACUUGGGUUCAAGCCAGGACGAGAACUGCGCAUAGUCGAUGCAGCCGCGCCCACCUGGGGUGGCACUGGCUCCCCACACCGAAUGCCGCGUUUAAUUCUCACCAAACCUUAGAAUGCAGCAAGGCAGGUGGAAACAUGCAGGCUGCUGGCAGGAUUGCCGCUUCCUGCGUCAGC